UUGUAGACGUUUUUUUCUUGCAGACAAGUUUUUCUUCGUGUGUUAUUUCUGUAACAGUUUGCGCACCAAAUUUUCAAAUUUUCAUCUUUAUAUUAAAAAAAAACCUGCACAUCACCUUGCACCAUUCUAGAACCUCCACGACUAAACAAAGCCUACGCUACGCAUUCAGGAGUUCUACAACUUUGUCAUGAAGCUUGUCGUUUCUUCGCUGGUCCGGUCACUCCGGCGUUUCUCAGCGGCCGCAGAUGACAAAAUAGUCGUCGACCGUGCCGCUCCGUGCAUCAGAAAGAGGUUCAAGGACUACCCGUACCCGUCUGAAGACAAUAUGUCUCCUGAAUCUCAGAAAUGGAAGGCCGCGACCUUUUGGGCAAUUGCUAUGGUAGGGACCUUGGCUGUCUAUCUACAGUUCACUAAAAAACACGAGGAGAGACCCGAGUUCAUACCUUAUCCUCACCUUCGUAUCAGGAAUAAGCCAUUCCCGUGGGGCGACGGCAACCACACCCUGUUCCACAACAAAUACUACAACGCCCUGCCCGAUGGGUAUGAGGAGGACGAGUGAGCGAGUCAUGUGACCUUGUCAUGUGACCGUGUUUACCUUUAAGUCACGUGGUCUUGUUUCCCUCCAGAGAUGCUGAUGCGGUUGAUUUUUGAAAAUUGAAUUUUUUAAUUUUUUUUUAAGAACGCUUCAUUAAUAUUCGUGUGACGUU